AUGAGCUUCGGUGGACAAACACCGACGAUUAUUGUCCUGAAAGAGGGCACAGACACCUCUCAGGGCAAAGGUCAGAUCAUUUCCAACAUCAACGCCUGCUUAGCGGUCCAGGCGACGAUCAAGUCGACACUCGGUCCCUAUGGCGGCGACCUAUUAAUGGUGGAUGCCAACGGCAAGCAGACCAUCACCAACGAUGGAGCCACCGUCAUGAAGCUUCUCGACAUUGUCCACCCGGCUGCUCGGAUUCUCGUCGACAUUGCGCGAUCGCAAGAUGCGGAAGUGGGAGACGGCACAACCUCGGUAGUCGUCUUGGCCGGCGAGAUCUUGAAGGAGAUCAAGGAGCACGUGGAGGCUGGUGUCAGCUCGCAGAUCAUCAUCAAGGGCUUGAGGAGAGCGUCAACCAUGGCAGUCAACAAGAUCAAGGAGAUCCAGGUCAGCACAAACGAGGCGAACAGGAGGGACACCCUCAAUAAACUUGCCGGGACCGCCAUGACGAGCAAGCUCAUCAAGCGGAAUACCGACUUCUUUACCAAGAUGGUCGUCGACGCCGUCCUCUCUCUCGACCAGGAAGAUUUGAACGAGAAGUUGAUAGGCAUCAAGAAGAUUCCCGGCGGCUCGCUGACGGACUCUCUCUUCGUGAAUGGCGUGGCAUUCAAGAAGACCUUUUCAUAUGCCGGUUUCGAACAGCAGCCAAAGUCGUUCAAGAAGCCCAAGAUUUUGUGCCUCAAUGUCGAGUUGGAGUUGAAGGCCGAAAAGGACAAUGCCGAGGUUCGCGUCGAGCAGGUGUCCGAGUACCAAGCCAUUGUCGACGCCGAGUGGCAAAUCAUCUACAAGAAGCUUGAGGCCGCCUAUCAGACUGGCGCGAAGGUCGUGCUGUCCAAGCUUCCCAUCGGUGACCUAGCGACCCAGUAUUUCGCCGACCGCGAUAUCUUCUGCGCCGGCCGUGUGUCAGCCGACGACAUAGAGCGUGUGGUUCAGGCGACAGGCGCAACCAUCCAGAGCACCUGCUCCGACAUCCGGCCGGAGCACUUGGGCACCUGCGGCAGUUUUGAGGAGCGGCAAAUCGGCGGCGAGCGCUUCAACUUCUUCGAAGACUGCCCGGAGGCCAAGACGUGCACGCUCGUGCUGCGCGGUGGUGCCGAGCAGUUUAUUGCCGAGGUCGAGCGGUCGCUGCACGACGCUAUCAUGAUCGUUAAGCGCGCCAUCCGUAACAAGACCAUCGUCGGUGGCGGCGGUUCCACUGAAAUGGAGGUGUCGGCAUACCUGCACCGCUUCGCCGAUCAGGACGUUCGCAACAAGCAGCAGGCUAUCAUCAAGAGCUUCGCCAAGGCACUCGAGGUCAUCCCGCGGCAGCUGUGCGACAACGCCGGCUUCGAUGCUACCGACAUCCUCAACAGGCUGCGCGUCGAGCACCGGCGUGGCAACACGUGGGCAGGCGUCGAUUUCCAGAAUGAGGGUGUCACGGACAUGAUGGCCCGCUUCGUCUGGGAGCCGGCGCUGGUCAAGAUCAACGCCAUUCAAGCGGCUACGGAGGCGGCUUGCCUGAUUCUGAGCGUCGACGAGACCAUUCGCAACGAGGAAAGCCAGGCACCCCAGCCGCCGGGCAAGCCUCUGCCCGCCGGAGCGGCUCAACGGGCCCUGCGCGGGCGCGGUAGGGGAAUGCCGAGGCGGUAG